CAGCUCGGGGCGAAGCGCUGUGCUGCAGGACGGGGAACCGCUCGGAAAGUCGGGCUUUGGCAGGAGAGAACUGGGAGGCAGCUAGGAAGCACUUUGCUUCCUUUUUGCUUUUCAUCUUGGUUAUGUUAACGGUCUGUAAAUGGCAUACCGAGGAACUGUGCUUUAUUUAUUCUGCGAGUAGUUUUCGGGAAGUUAGACGCGAACUUCUCUGUAGCUGCCCACGUAUUCCUGGGAAUUCUCCCGAAAAGUGAAUGAAACUCACUUUGCAGAAAGCCGGAGGGGCGCUCGGAUGCCCUCCCUGUUACAGGGAAGGCACGGAGUGAACAACAGCGCCGGGUGUUGCCGCAGCAACUCGCCCCAGUGCUCCCGGCCGGUUCCACCUUCAGCUGCUUAUUCACUUCCUCGCUCUGGAGACGCUUCUUCACGCUGUCUGCAAGCUGUCCCACUGGAAUUUCUUGCAGAGCAAGGUUUGACUCCGAAUUAGCAAAAUUGCUGAACUUUUCUCUGAAAGAGAGUUAUUCUGCAAUUAAAAAAAGACUAAACAACAACAAGAAAAACAACAAGAAGGAAACAUUUUGACAGAGGAUAUACUUAAAGUAUUUCCUAAUCAAGCACUGUGUUGAGUUGCACUUGAUAUCUUCAUUGCUUUUGGGAAAAAAUCACUUCUGGUUGCAUGACUGCCAUGGGUUUCAUUGAGAGAUGGAUCCAAGUAACUGAUAAUAUGAAAUUGUUUGAGUUGCUGAAGUAACAGAGCUGGAGGUGUUCCAGCAUAAGGUGUGGGCAGAGCUAUUGCAUGUAGAAAACAAAGUACUUAGACACAGAAAAGUGUUUGCAGUCUUUAAAAAAAAAACUGAAGUGCUUUGAAGAAGUGUCUCAGAGAAACUGGUGUUUUCUGUUGGCUGACUGAUGACAAAUUUAAGAGAGCUCUGUUGCUAUUAAUUAUGCAUUUAUCCUGACUUUUUCUACAUGACCGUGAGGGGCAAUAUUCGGAAUGAAACUGCCAUCAUGUCAUCCACAGGCAGUGGCACUGAUAUUGAAGAAUUUUUGGUCAACAUUAACUUGGGACAAUAUCUUCCUAACUUUAAAGAACAUGGCUAUAACAUUGUGACAGACUGUAUGGGAAUAAAUAACAGUAUACUUCAGCAAAUGGGAGUAUUGCCUACAGGCCAUCGCAGAAGGAUACUUAAGCAGUUAGACACUGCUCUUUCAAAAAUGCAAGGAAAUUCUCUUUCCUGUGACAGUUUAAAACGCAAAGAGCUGAAAGGUUUAGAAAGGAAACAAUAUUUAUUUUCAGACAAGGAUUCCCCAAUAAGCCAUUUAGAAGUAAAUGAAUCUGGCUUGAUACCUGCAAUAUCAUUGGUACAACUUCCUAACAAAGCUUACACUGGUAAAGAAAGAUUCAGAGCUGGAGUGAAUGAUGAAAACUUUCCAAACUCAGAUUUUUCUAGUUUAUACCAGAAUUCAGACAGUGUACUAAAAGCUGCAAGUGGAAGUAUGAAGAUGAAUACCGAGUCAAAUACAUUGCUGGAAAAAGCUGCUGCAUACCAGACUGAUGAGCACUUGGCUGACUGUGUAGCAUUUUGUGAUCCUCUUUCACUCACUCAUUCGUAUGAAACAAAAUACAAGGAAAACAAACAUCAGAUGUUUGCUGUUGAGGAGGAUCUAUCUGAUAGUGAGACACAUUCACCGUUUGUGAAGUUUAAAGGAGAAAUGAUAGACAAUGACUUAUAUGAUUCUUGUACACAGAACAGUGUGAAAGUAUUUCCAAGAACAAGCCGAUCUUUUAUAUUAAGGCAUCGACCAGUACCAGAAAUCCCUGAAUCAAGCAAAGUUGAAACUUCAUUGAGUUCCCUUCAGAAAAGAAGAAACAUGGACGUUACAGACAUAUCUUGUGCUGGGAGGCAAGUUUCACAAAAAAAAACUUUCUCGGAAGAAAAGCCACCUGUCAUAUCACCUUAUGGAGAAACCUUUUUUUGGGACAACCUUAAAGAUGUUAAAGAACAUCAUAGGAAUGAAUUCCUGGCUUGUGAAAAUAAAUCAGAUUUGGAAAUGUCUGAAGAAUAUUCUUCUAACAGGAAUAUAUGUUCCCUUAAUAAUCAAGAUGAGAAGACAAAGGAAUGUGUGAAAAAUGAAUCUUUGUCUCAGGAAAACAAAUCAUUACCUCCAGAAGACUUGGAAAGCGAACCUGUAUAUUCUAUUGUGGAUCAAUGUUCCUUUUCUUCCAAUAAAAAUGAAAAUAAAACCAAUACCCACUCAUCAUCCUGUAAGAACCAAUGUGGAGAAUCAUAUUGUCCGGUCAGUGAACAAAUGGAUUCUCAACAAUUUGAUGGAGCUCAAACUUUAAUUGCAAAUGAAUCAAUAGCACCAUAUGCUUGCUUUUAUGGAUCAUCAGUAAAGAAGGUUAAAGCAGGAUGGCUGGAUAAAUUAUCUCCUCAAGGCAAACGUAUGUUUCAGAAGCGCUGGGUUAAAUUUGAUGGAGACAGCAUUUCUUAUUACAAUAAUGAAAAGGAAGUGUUCUCAAAGGGAAUCAUACUACUUUCUGCUAUAGCAACAGUUAGAGUUCAUGGAGAGAAUAAAUUUGAAGUUGUUACAUCCCAUAGGACUUUUGUCUUCCGAGUGGAUAAAGAAGAAGAAAGGAAUGACUGGGUUGAUAAAAUACUCAAUGCCGUGAAAUCUCAAUCUGAUAAUAACCCUCAGUCUCGAAUUUCUGUUGCUCCUGAGAAAAGUGGAUAUCUUGAACUGAAAGGAUACAAAGCCAAAAUCUUUAUUCUUCUUCAAGGGAAUACUGUGUGGAUCUGCAAAAAUGAGCAGGACUUUAAGACAGGAUUUGGUAUCACCUUAAUCCCUAUGAAUGUGGCAAAUGUAAAACAAGUGGAUCGGGCUGCAAAACAAACUUUUGAAAUAAUUACUCCUUACAAAAGCUUCAGCUUUACAGCAGAAUCGGAAAAAGAGAAACAAGACUGGAUUGAAGCACUGCAGGAAUCGAUAGCAGAAACUCUGUCUGAUUAUGAAGUAGCUGAGAAGAUUUGGUUCAAUGAAUCCAACAGGAGCUGUGCUGACUGUAAAGCUCCCAAUCCUGAUUGGGCAUCCAUCAAUCUCUGUGUUGUCAUUUGUAAGAAGUGUGCAGGACAGCACCGAUCUUUAGGACCAAGAGAUUCAAAGGUCAGGAGUUUAAAAAUGGAUGCCAGCAUUUGGAGCAAUGAACUAAUUGAGCUCUUUAUCAUCAUUGGGAAUAAGAGAGCAAACACUUUUUGGGCAGGAAAUCUUCCUCCGGAUGAAGAGCUGCAUAUGGAUGCCCCUGCAGAAAAAAGGAUUGCAUUCAUUACACAAAAGUACAAAGAGGGAAAAUUCAGGAAAACACCCUUUCCCUACAAAACCAAAGAACAAUUGAAUAAGGCCCUGUGUGCUGCUGUAGUUAAGCAAGAUGUGCUAGAAACUCUGAUGCUGCUGUUCAGUGGGGCUGAUGUAAUGUGUGCUACUGGUGAUCCUGUUUACAGUACUCCAUACUUAUUAGCUAAGAAAGCUGGACAAAGACUGCAAAUGGAAUUCCUCUACCAUAAUAAGUUCUCAGAUUUCCCAAACUUUGAUACCAGUUUUGAAAGCUGCUUCUCUGAAGAUUCUUCGCAUUCCACUUUUCUAUGUGAAUUUCUAUACAAAGUUUCUUCUAAUUCAACCAAGCUUCUUACAGAGAAGAAAUUAAAAGAAGAUUGCAACAAAAGAUGGUGCACUUUGGAAAGUGGCUUUCUCAGCUACUAUGAAAAUGAUAAAGCUACCACUCCUAAUGGUAUGCUUGACAUCAACGAAGUUAUCUGUCUAGUAGUGCACAAUUCGGAUUACUUUUUAAACAGAGGGGACAUCUUUACCUUUGAAAUCUAUUUAAUGUCAGAACGUGUUUUUCUGUUUGGAGCUGAAACUGCGUAUUCACAAAGAAAAUGGACUUGGGCAAUAGCUAAGCAUUUUGUUCCCCCUGUAGCUGAAUGCUUAUUAGAGAGGGACUGUGACCUGAUUGGCCAGCUGUACUACAAAGAUUGCCAUAACCUGGAUCAGUGGAGAAAAGGCUGGUUUGCUAUAGAAAAGUCAAGCCUUCAUUUUUGUCUUGAAAUGGAGAGUGCUCAAGAAGAUUCCAUAUAUCUAAGGAGGCUACAAGAACUAACAAUCAGUAGCAUGAUGCAAAAUGGAGAAAAAAUAGACGUCCUGCUGCUUGUUGAAAAAGGAAGAACACUGUACAUUCAUGGCCAUACGAAGCUGGAUUUCAUAGUCUGGUAUACUGCAAUUGAAAAAGCAGCGGGUACAGAUGGUAAUGCAUUGCAAGAUCAGCAGCUCAGCAAAAAUGAUGUUCCUAUUAUCGUGAACAGCUGUAUAGCAUUUGUUACACAGUAUGGUUUAGGUAGCAAGCAUAUAUACCUCAAGAAUGGCAACUCAUCCAAUGUGGCUGAACUGCUGGAAAGUUUUAAAAAAGAUGCAAGGAGUGUUAAACUGAGAGCUGGAAAACAUCGACUUGAAGAUGUGACUGAUGUAUUGAAAAGCUUUCUUUCUCAAAUAGAUGAUGCAAUUCUCACUAAGGAACUCUAUCCGUUCUGGAUUUCUGCAUUAGAUAUGCAAAAUGAAAAGGAACGCGUGAUGAAGUACGGAGCUUUUAUUCGUACACUCCCACCAGUCAAUAAGGCAACUUUGGCUGCUUUAAUUGAACAUCUUUACAGGGUGCAGAAAUGCUCUGAAAUCAAUCAUAUGAACCCUCACAAUCUAGCCCUGGUGUUUUCUUCUUGCUUAUUCCAAACUAAAGGCCAGACUAGUGAAGAAGUCAAUGUAAUUGAAGAUCUAAUUAAAAAUUAUGUGCAACUUUUUGAUGUAAAUGAAGACCAGAUCAAACAAAUGGAUAUAGAGAACAGUUUUAUUACCAGAUGGAAAGACACUCAGGUUUCCCAGGCUGGAGACCUGCUGAUUGAAGUUUAUGUAGAAAGAAAGGAGCCAGACUGUAGUAUUAUAAUCAGGGUAUCGCCUUUGACAGAAGCAGAAGAAUUAACUAAUGAUAUUUUAGGAAUAAAAAACAUUACUCCCAACAAAGAUGAUAUCUGGGCCACUUUUGAAGUACUUGAAAAUGGAGAACUAGAACGUCCACUGCAUUACACAGAGAAUGUUCUAGAACAGGUUCUUCACUGGAGUUCACUACCAGAGCCCGGCACUGCAUAUCUGAUAAUAAAGAGAUUUUUAACAGCAGACAUGAUGAAACUCUACAAUGAGAGAAAUGUGAAGGGUAGUGUGAAAGCUGGCUAUCUAAAGUACAAAGAAGAACCUUCAAAACUGCUGUCUGGAAACAAGUUUCAAGAGCGUUAUUUUGUACUACGGGAAGGAAAUUUGCUUCUUUACAAGGAUAUGAAGGCUAGCAAACCUGAAAAAGUGUUGCCUGUCAACUCACUGAAGCUUUAUCUUGGAGUGAAAAAGAAAAUGAAACCACCAACAAACUGGGGAAUUGUAGUGAUUUCUGAAAAGCACCAGUGGCAUAUAUGUUGUGAUGGACAGGAAGCACAGAUAGACUGGAUGAUCAGCAUUUUUACUGCAAAGCAUGCCAGUAUAUGGCCGCCUGCUGGAAAAGCAAGAAAACAGUCUAUAACUAAAAGUCCAAAGAUUGGAGGUUUACAACUAAUUCCCAUUCAACAGGAGAAGAACACUUGUAAAAUCAGAGGGAGUACAGAAGAUAUACAGUUGAAACUGAGGAAACCAAAACUUGAUGAAAUUGACCCAGUGGAAGAAAGAAAAAACUUGAAAGAAAAAGCAUCUAUUGUGGCACAGUGUUUAGAACGCAAGGAGGAGAGAGUGCGAAAUCAUACCAAAACACGUCAGAGUUUUAUCUCUGCUGAGGAGAUGAGUGUGGGAAUGGCUGACCUGUGCCAUAGAUCGCAGAAACCACCCAAAAAAAUCAAGAACAAAACAAACAAAAAUACAAUGGAAUUAGAUAACAAACUGCCAUCAAAUGUGAUUCAGGAAUUAAGUACAGUGCUACAGAAAAACAGAACACUUCAUGAUGAUACAUCCAGCUGAUGUCCUGAGUCUGAAGUUUAGAAUAUAUAUUUUCUGGACAAAAUUAUGUGGCUUUUUUAGCGUGUAUAGUUUGUACAGCGCAGAGAAAACUUGUUUAUAUACUACUGUUGAUUUUGUGAGUAAGCCAUGGUACAAUUUAAGAUUGAACUGAGCUGAUAUUGCAAAAGUUCUGAAAUUUGUUUUGCUGUGUGAUACAUUGGAACCUGGGUUUUCUCUGCCAUUUUUUUUGUUGUUAUUGCAUAUUUUGUUAGAUGGAAGAAUUGUAAGCACUAUCAAAAGCUCUUGCUCUGUUUAUAUUCUGUACCAUCCUGUAAGUAGUGGUGGGAGAUUUUAGAAUGAAGACAAGAUGUACACUGAAAUUCAUGCUGUUAACCUACAAUAUGUUAUUUAACACUAUAAAAAUGAGUAACAUCUGCUUAAGUGUGAUUAUUUUUUUUUGCAUAUAAAUUUUUUUUAUUUAAGAAUGUCAUGAGUCUUAUUCCAUAAAUUUAUCCUCAGAGCAACAUGAAAUGAAUUAAAAUGGAGAGGGGUACAAUAGAUAAGGCAAUGCGUUAGUUCAAUGAAUUUGCAUCUCUAAACUGUGUCUAUAUUGUGUACAUCUGACUAUGAUAUUUUUUAGAAUUACUUAUGUUGUUACUGCAUUUCAUCCCAUAUAGGAUCAAUUUAUCCUCUCUCCUCUUUCUGGUAAUUACAGGUGCCAUAACAUUUCUCACAUCAGUUACUUCUAUUCUUGAUUGCAUUGAGGAACUUAAUUGGAAAAAUAAUUUGUUUAAAGAAAUUAGACAAAUUAUUCAAUGUAUCUGGUAAAUCUGUUAGUAAGUAGAGCAGAAGUGAGAUUAAAAUCAAAUGUUAUAUAGUGUUUUUUAUUUAUUCUUCUGGCACAUAGCACUGAGAAAGCAAGUUUUGUCUUUCAGACUUUGCACUUAUCACAUUUAACCAGUUGUUAAAUCUGAAACGAGAUUGUACAUUUUAAUUUUCCCAGUGCACUAUUGACUGUUUUGCUACUUUUAAUUCGUAGUUGAGCCUCUUCUAAUCAUUGAAGCUCUGGCUUAAGAAAACAUAUAAGCCAGAACUUAAAUUGUAUUGACUAAAGCCUGUGCUUAAUGUUAAUAAGCACAUUCCUAAAUGCCAAACUGAAUCAGGGCCUGCUGCUGUUGGGGGAGAGUUACUUUGCUUUCUGUCUGAGGCUGGACCUGAAUGUACUGUUUACAGUUGUAUUUUUACUUGCAAAUAUUUUUCAGUAUUGAGUUAUGGUUUCUGUAUUGUUUAUCUUUCUACUGGGUUCUUAAAAAUGAUAUUCACCUCACUGCUGAAAGCCUCAUGCAUCAUUUAAGCCCUACACUAAUGGAAUAAAUGGAGCAAUGGAAGGAUUUUGUGCACUCGAGUGAAGAAGUCUGUGAAGAGAAUGUUUUGUUUAUUUUUAUUGGAUCUGAGGACUACAGAAACAUUUGUUCUACUUCAAAAGCAGACCUCAAAUAAAGUAUCUGUAGGGCUACUAUUAAAGGGAUCUAAAAAUCAAGAAGAAAAUAUGUUUACUAAAUAUAUUUAAGUGUUUACUUUUCAGUUACAGCUGUACUAUCUUUAAAGCUGUCGAAUCCUCAGUGAAAACGUGGUUUCAGUAGCUACUAUAAAUAUUUUGUUUUGUAUAUGUAUAUGUACGUGCAUUCUCACUAUAUAUGUAUAAUUUUGCAUAGAGUUAGGUGCAUAUCUGCAGAGGCAUACUGAAUGUUGACAUUGCUAACUUGAGGAAAGUUCUUUUGGGAAAGUAGAUAUUAAAUUUUCAGUUGGGUUAUUUCAAAUGCAAAAAAAAAAUUUUGCACCAAUUUCCUGACAUAUAAUUCUUGCACUACGCUUUUCAGACUGCUUUAAGACCUGCAAGAAUAAAUGUUUUCUUGCAAUACCUUGAUAGCUGCUGAUGCUUUAUUGUUCUUCUGACUUGUGGAAUGAUAGUGUAAUUUUCAGGGAAUGAAUGCUAAUUAUUUGAAUAAAUACUGUUUCUUUAAAAUAAAUGAUGGAUUUAUUUUCAAAAAAAAAAAAAAAUUCUGUACCCACUGCAUAGCCUAGUGAGUAUUUAUUGUCUGAUGUGCAAAAUGAGGUUAAAUGAGGCACUGACAUUGUUCAUUCUGUGACAGUAGGAAGGCUAGAAUUAAAGUCUCAGUAACUCUCAAGUUCAUCAUUACUUUGGCAUUAUAAGUGAAAAGCUGAUAGGUAAGCAAGAUGUGUAUUUAGUUUGAAAAUCACUUUCUAUUUCGGAUUUUUUUUUAAUUUUUUUUUAAUUUAAUUUUUUUUUUUUUUUUUUUUUUGAGACAGAAGUUUUUCCAGGUAUUAUUUUGGGUUUACAGUUCAAAAGGGAAUUUUCAGUUAGUUUUGUGCAUCAGCAGAGAUCCCUUUAGUGUGGGCUCAAAUUGACUAGCUGAAACUUAAAGAUAAAUUUGUGUACAUCCCCCUUCUUUAGUUAAAGGGAGGGUUUGGCCAUAUUGUUUGUUUCUUGUCUUCGUUUUAUUUCUUUAUUAUUAAGAGCUCUGGGCUGCUGUGACUGAAGUGUGUUGCAAGGAUUCCAUUGACUUCUGUCUUCCAUGCAACAGCACCCCUGGCAUCUCUUCCACUAGUGCAUGUAUUGUUUUGGCUACCCCGCAGAUAUAGGUUCUUCAGAGAAUAAAAGUUGCCAGUGUUUUA